AUGACGUCACUGAAACCGCGACGCGACCGCUCCGUCGCCAAAAAUUCUCAGCCAAGAAGUUGCAAUGAAGAGUUCGGAAACAGAAAGACCGGAAAAUUUUGAGCAAGAUGACUUCACUCAAGCCGCGACGCGACCGCGCCGCUCUGUAAAAAAAUCAGUGCAGAACCUUGAAAAAAGGAGCAAAUUUUUGGGAUAGAUUGCAAACAUGACGUCAUUCAGGACGCGACGCGACCGCUACGCUCAUAACAGAAGACCUAAAAGUCAUCCUGGAAACAUUGGCUAUUUUAGUUUUUUCGAAAAAAAUCAAGUAAACCGCGAGGCGACCGCUCCGCUUCAAGGGAAGCUGAAGGAAGGUUCAGACUUCCUAGAGCUAACGGAUAUCAAGAGGAAAAACCUAAAAGUGACUUCAUUCAAGCUCAAUCUCCUUAAAACGACGACACUCGAGCCGCAACGCUUUGAGAGAAAGUCUAGGCUCAAAAAUGGGAACAGGCAUGAAAAAGCAGCUGAAAAAUGACGUCACUUUGCCUGAAUCUCCUCAAAAUGACGUUGACGUCCUUGAAAUGAGCUAAAAAAUCUUCCUGGACCCGGACUCCUCAAUCUCAAAGUCUUCUGAAGAUGACGUCAUUCCGACCGCGACGCUGCCGCUUCGCCUCACCCAAUCCUCAGUUGAACUUCUAGACGCGACGUGUAACGCCGUGACGACGUCAGAAAUGAUCCGGAAGACAUUUUCUAGCCAACCGACGUCUUCAACCAGUCGUCGGGACGACACAUCUCUUCAACACUCGCUUUCAAAUGGUCCGAUGGAUUCUGACGGAACGACGACACCGACGCUUCCUACUAGCCCCCUUCCACUUCCUCAACAACGUCCUUCGAAGUAGUUUCUUUGGUUUCUCUAGUAACAAUAUUUAUGGCAAAAAAAAGGUUGAGAUUGAACCAGUGACCUUUAGAGGGAGAGAGGAGAGCUUUAUCUGUAAAAUUUCUUGAAAAUAAACUCUUAGACCUUCUAAUUAUCCUUAGAAGGUUUGAAUUUGGCAAAAACCUCCACUGGAUUCGAACCAGUGACCCUCCGAUUGAAAAAGAAGAGCUUUACCUGAUCAUUUAGGAGUAGGAUUUCUUCAAAAAAAGCUUUUGGAAAAUUAAAAGACAAUAGAAAUGGCGUCCAAAAGCCCUAAAGCCCAAAAAUAGCAAAAACGAGGAUAGGAUCCGAACCAGCGACCCUAAGACUGAGAGACCGGAGCAUUACCUGUUGCUCCAUGGCUUUCUUGAAAUCAAAAUCCUGAAUUUUUGGAUUUUUAGUUAAGAUUUCUCUUUUUUGUGAUCCCUGGAGUGUAAGUUAUUCACUGUGGCCAUUUUCUCCAGACUUUUUUAUGGCUUUCAUUUUUCUUAAAACUUUAUGUCCGCGUUAUUUAUGUGAAUAAGUUUUUUCUCCAAGAAAAUCUUUCCUAGAACUUGUGCAAUUCAUUUUUGGUACGCCAGCGAAAAGAAAAACCAAAGUUCUGUCAAUUAAAAUGUAAUCUGUGCAUACACAUCUGCCGUCACGGAAAUUUGACCUACAGUAACUUUUUGUACAUGAUUUUUUCCACGUUCAAAAACCGAUUUCGAAUCUUUUUCUUUCCACUUCUAAAGAUCAUUUUUCGAUCAUUAUUCACACUCUUAUCAAUUUAUCGCCUUAUCACCAUUCUUUUACGGUUUUGGAAUUUUUUUUUUUCAUUAGCCAACGCCCAACCUUUUUCUUCUUUGAUAAACCAAUAAAAAAAGUUUUUUUAUAAUAAUUUUUAGUAGACUCACUUUACUAAGAUGAUAUCUUAGGCUUUUUGAAAUGCCGCAAACUUUUUGGCAACCUUUUUGAUAAGCACCGUUUUUUUGAACUUAAAACAAAAAAAUGAUUCAUCAAAAUUUAUCGAUAAAACUUGUUUUUGGAAUGGGUUUUUCGACGUCAUCUCACUGAUAUAAUUCAAGUUGGUUCACAACGAACUUUCCUUGCAUAUAUAUAAAGGCUUGAUUUUUCACAUGAGAUUACGGUUGUUAUCAAAAAAACCGAAAUUUUUCUGACUUUCUUCUCGAUUUCGAAGGCCUUCUGGCCACGAAAAAGAGCAAAUUUUUUGAUUUUGUAAUUUUUUUUUACAGAAAAAGAUUCUCGUUUUCAAUUGAUCAAGCAACUUUUCCAUUCAAAACACCAAAGAUUUUUUGUUGAAUUUUGUCUUCUUUUUUGUUUAAAUUACUCAUUUGUCACAGAAUCUUUCAACAAUAUACGGUCUCCAAAAAGACGUAUCAUCCUUUUUCUUCAGAAAUAAAAAACGUCCCCAUUAGACCGCGAUUUUCAGGCCUGAUUCAUGUUUGCCCAAAGCAUUGCCAUGCAAUUUUUCAUUUUUAACAAUCUUGUACGUUUUUCUUUUUUUUUUGUCUUGCUCAACCUGAGGAAUGCCCUUUGGAAGAGAGAGAAAAAAUUUUAGUUCCGGUUUUUUCUUUUUGAGAAAAGGGAUUCUUUCUAUUCAAAAAGCUAAAUUAAUAAUAAAGAGUUAUUUAGCGUCUUAUAAAAAAGGAAGACCAACGAAAUAACCUUUUCGAAGAGAAAAAUAGACAAAAAAGACAUUUUUCAGUAGACCUGCGUACUGUAGUCCAAAUUUCUGUGAGCUGUACCGUGUAUGCACGAUUUGCAUUUUAUUUUACGACAGAGCUUUUUUCUCCCAAUAUUGUUUUUUUCUAUAUUUAUCAUGCACUUGUUACAAUAUUCUAUCAUUAAUGCAGUUAAAAUUAAAGUUCAAUCAUUUUUGCAAGAGGAAUAGAUGUUUUCUCCAUACUCUCUGCCCGCUCAUGCGCUAAUUAAUCUCAAUUUCUAAUAAUGGGAUUUCUUUUUUCUGAAUUUUGCCCCUAUUACUCAUUUCCUUCGAAUUCAACUCAAAAGCCAAAAGUUAUUUCGAAACCAUGGCUACACCCCGUAAUCGUUUAACUUUUUCUUUAUUUUCACCUGCGAGAAAAAAAUUACCACCUGCGAAUUUUCUCAUUCACUUUGCGAUUCCGUUCGCCUCUUUUUGGCUAGACCAGGAAACUUUUUCAGUAGAAGAUGAUUGAGUGGAAAAACUAACGCAAUUUUAAGGUUCAUGUUUUUUUUUUUCUGAGUUAUAUGUUACAAUUUGGUGUUAAGUUGUAAUUUUUUAUUAUUGAGCGGAAUUAAAUUGUUUUUUCCUAGUUCUUGAUAGAAUCUUUCAGUUUUUAUCUUCCAUUCGUUUUGAAAGCGGAAAAAGUGCAUAAAACUUUUGAAAAAAGGGGAAAAAAAGAACUGUCGUAAAUUGAAAUAUAAUUUGUGCAUACACGCCGCCCAACACAAUAAUGUGACCUACAGUAACUUUUUUGCCAGAAAAAAUUUUUUUUUGAUAGUUUUUCUCACUUUUUUUCUAGAGUUGUCACAGUAACAAGGAAAAAACUUACCUUGUCAGUUUUCGUUCAUUAAAAAAAAAUAGUUAUGCUUGAUAACAAGUUGAUGAAGUGGAGAAAAAGAAGAAAGUUGUUCUUUGCCCGGAUUAGGCUCCACCCAGUUGGCUGGCGUUUUGUGUGCGUGUCUGUGAGUGUGUGAGUGAGUUUUAUGUGCGUAUUUAUCAGCCACUACGUGGGUUGGGUUUCGCAGCCACACAAAACCCGAUAACGAGAGUCCCUUUUAUUCCGCCUUUUAUGAAUCAUUCAACGGUGUUUCCCUUUUUAUAGAUUCGAAUCGAUAUUUAGGCUCUAGGUUUUGGAAUUUCUUAUCGUUUUCGGGUUGAUUUGGAACGGUUUCAUGUCAUUUUUUUGAGCAGUGUAGUAGUUUUUCCGAUUUUUUUUUUCCAUUAUGAAUUUUCUUUAUUUUCAGUACAUUUUUCGCCUUUUUAAGGUAAGAAUGAAUUUAAAGGCUUGAGGUUUGGGAAUUUUUAGCGUUUUUGGGUUGAUUUGGAACAUUUUCUUGUUAAUUUCAAGCAGCAGGGUUGUUUUUUUUUCAUUAAUUUUUUUUUGGUGUAUACUUUGUUGAAUUUUUCUCUCUUUUCUCGAUUUGCAAUAGAUUUUCUAGCUUUUAAUGGAUACGAAGCAUUAUAAAGGCUUCAGGUUUUUUUUUGGGGGGUAAUUCUGAACGCUUUUUUUGUCUUUUUCGAGGUUUUUUUCCUUCAUUUUUUUCUUGCUCUUGAUGAUUUUAAUGAAUUUUAUUUGUAGCCAUUUUUUUGAUCUUUUUCAUCACUAAAAAAAGCGGUUUUUUUAUUGUUUAAAAAAAUUUUUUUGUAGAAAAUUUCCUGCUCAUUUUUAUAAGCUUGAAUCAACAAAAAGGCACUCUCUUUGGUUCUUUAUUUUUAUCAGUGGAAAGACGUUUUUUUCCCGAAUUUUGUGAUAGCGAACCUCUCAUGAGUCAUCGCUCUUUGACUGGACUUUCAAUGGUUUUUCUAAUUACUUGCGAAAUUUUCAGAUUAUUAUUACGAAUAAGACUAUCUGAAUGUUUUUUUAAUCCAAUUCUUGAACUAUUUCUCUUCUUUUUUUUUCACUUUUUGAACUGUUUGCGAGGAAAAAGCAUUAAGUUUAUUUCAAAAAAAUCGUUUUUCUUAAUGGUUCUCAUUACUGUUUCUGGAUAGAUAUUUUAUUUUCUAGUGUAUCAUUUGUUUCUACUCGUCUUAUAAUGCAGUCUUAUAGGCCAGCGUCUUUUUUUAGGAUUUGUUAAUUUUUUUCAGUUAGGAAUCAUUAAAUUUAUUUGAAAUAGAUUAAAAAUUGCCUUUUUUUGAUUGAUUAGUUACAAUUUUGGUUUUUUCCUGAAUUUCAUCAAUUCUCAGUAAUUUUUUUCCCAUUUAAAAAGUUUUUUUCUGUGGGUAAACUAUAUGACUUUAUGAUUUUCCUGAGCUUUCCACUAUAUUUGACACUGAAGAGAUCGCUCUAGGGAUUUUUUAUUGGAUAUUAAUUCGCAUUUUCGGUUUUCUUAUAUCUUUAAUAGUUGAUUUUAGCUCUAAAAAAGGUCCGGUUUUUACGGAUUUUUCAAAUUAUUUAUUUUUUACUUUGUAAAAGUUGUUCCUUACCAUUUAUCUUUGAAUGGCCUCGUUUUUUUGCUGAUAUUUUUGUUCUCCAUAGUUUUUUUCGAUUUCCGAUUUAUUCAUUACCAUAAAAUGUCUCGAUAAAACCCGGAUUUUUCCAGAAUUUUUAAUGAAUUUUCUGGGGUUUUUCAUCAUUUUUUUACGCUUAGAUUAUCGUGAUUUUUUUGAAUUUUAUUCUCAUAUUUUAAUGGAAAAUUGUGUUGCAGGCCUGGUGGUAAUGAACUGUGAGGUGAAGCAUGCGCUGCACUGCACCGUGCUGCUGUCGUGGAUCGUCGGCUUCGCCUACUUCUGCGGCGUCUUCACCGAACCCGACGCCGGCACCGUUCCCGACAGCCCCGUCGAGAGGUGCCUUCAUUUUUUGAUUUUUUCGGGGAUUUUAGAUCUUAUUUUCAACACUUGGGAACCCUGUUUUUAACUGUGUUUUCACAAGAAAAAUUCUUUUCUUUCGCAUUUUUUUCUGAUUUUUUGAUUUUUUCGCGACUUUCAGAUUUAAUUACCAAAUUUGUGAUUUUUCUUGAAACAUGGACUCUAGAUUUGUCAAAAGAACCUUGUAAAAUUUGGAAUCCGUAAAGAUUUUUCGCAAAAAUGGUGAAAUGAGUUUAAUUAGAAAUCUCUAACCGGGUUUCUACGAGAAAAAAAUUAUUUUUGAAGCAUUUUUCGAUUUUUUUCCGUUUUUCGCUAUUUUUUUAUUUUUUUAUUUUUCCCGGGAAUUUCUAAUUUCGAAACCUGGAGUUUUUUUAUAAAAAAAUUUAAACCUUUAAUUUUUUUCAAUUUGACUUCAAAUUGUUAGUUUUAUUGAUAAAAUUAUUAAAAAAAAUAUGUUUUUUUAAUUGAACUUUCGGAUUUUUUUCUAAACUGGACUAUAGAUUUCUCAAGUCAGCUAAGAGCCUUGUAAAAAAAUUAGAAUAUGAGGGAAUUUUUUAAAAAAAAUACGGUCAAAUGAGUUUAAUUAGAAAUCUCUAACCAUUUUUUUCUACGAGAAAAAAAGUAUUUUUGGAGCUUUUUGAAAUUUUGAAAUUUUUUUGAGUUUUUCUGAGAAAAAAAUUUUGUCGCACACUACAUGGGAAAUAGAGAUGAUAUGACUAGACUGUUUUAAUAAAAUUACAAUUUCAAGCAUUUUUGGUCGUUUUUAAAGGUUAAAUUUAAUUUUCAUCCUUUUUUCUGUUGACCUUUUGAUGCAGAAAACUUUGAUAAUUUUACUGAUAUUUGUGAAUUUUGUAAAAAAUCGAGAAAAGCUUUUUUUUUUGACUUUUCCUGCUCUUUGUUGAGGUUAGACGAAUUUUGUUAUAUUAUCUUCAAUUUUUGUCAAUUUUUGCUUGAAAAAGAUCAAGAUUCUACGAUUUUCCAUAGUACGCGACGACAUUUCUGCCAUCGACGCAUAUCAAAAUUAUCGGAAACUUUUUGCCAUUUUCCACCACCGAUAACGAGCAAAAUUUGUUGCCAACACGGGGCUUGGUGUAGCCAAAAACGUGUGAUAAAAAAAAAGUUUGCCGAAUCGCACGAAAUCGUCCGUUUUGAAGGAGAAGAGAUUAUGAGAUGUAGUAAGAUGAUAGUGGAUGAUUUUUCCAGCGAAUAACUUGCAAAAGUAAUAAACUAGAAGGCUUUGAACUGUUUUUGAAUGGGAAAAAUUGAGAUAUGUAUUGAAAAUGCCUAGUUUUUGAGUGAAAACUUGAAAAAAGCAAUGAUUUUUCAUCAGUAAACUUCAAAAAUUCAAUAAAUUGGAAGGAAUUGAAUUGUUCUUGAAGGGGAAAAAAAGUGAAAUAAGUACGAAACUCGCUUGUUUCUCCAGUAGUAAAUUCGAAAAAGCGAAAAAAACAGCUAUUGAAUUAUUUUUUUCAAAGGAGAAAUAUGGAAGAAAUCCUGGAAGUGCCUAAUUUUUUUCUGCAAUAACCUUGAAAAACAAUGAUUUUUUUAUCAGUAAACUUCAAAAAAAUUAUUAACUAAAAAGUGAUUUUUUUGUAGAAAAAAAAGUGAGAGAAGUGCUAAAAUUGCUUAUUUUUCCCAGUAAAAGACUCAAAAAAAUUAUGAAAAAAACAGCUAUCAAACCAUUUUUUUGAAGAAAAAAACUGGGAAUAUCACUAAAAAGGCUUGAUUUUUUUCAGCUUUGAACUUGAAAAAAACAAUGAUUUUUCAUCAGUAAGCUUCAAAAAAAUUAAUAAAUUAGAACGAAUUGAACUGUUUUUUUAAAUGGGAAAAAAAGUGGAAAAAAAGCGUUAAAAUUGCUUAUUUUUUUCCAGUAAUUAACGUGAAAAAAAUCGAUGAAAAAGCUAGCUAUUGAACUAUUUUUUUGAGAAGAAGAAAUAAUUAAUUUUUUUGUCAAUUUUUUUGAACCUUUUUUUGAAGUUAUUUUAGAACAUAAUUACCAAAAAGUAUCAAUAGUUUUUUUAAAAAGUAGAUUUUUCAAAUUUCAAACCUGUAGUUAAUGAAUUUCUGUGCGUUGUAGGGUGAUAUUUUCGUCAAACUUAUGAUUUUCUCGAUUUUCAGUCGUCAAAAACCUCUUUUAUUUGACGUCACUCGAAAAAAAAAGGUACAAGAUUGACGGAAAAGAUUUCCUCUGAUCAUUGGGACGCGAACUCGGCAAAUAUAUGUCUAUUGAUACAUGUCUUGUUUAUUUUCGAGUUGAUAAGGGUGGGUUUCUGGAGAAAAUAUUGGUUUAGGACUGAUUACAAGAAGCUUUACGAGUGAGAAAAUGUUGAAAAUUGAAAGAAAAUUUAAUUUUUUGAAUUGUAACGGUUUCUGAGCCAUUCCAAAUGCGACCAAGAUUUUUUUUUAUUACUUUGAAGUGGAUACAAGAAGAUUUUCAAGUGGUAAAAUGUUCAAAAUUGAAAUAAUUAGGAUUUUUCAAACCGCAACGCUUUUUUUGAGCCGUUCCAAAUGCGACCACCAAGUUUUUUCAAAAAAUAGGUAUUGGAAACGCUUUAAAGCAAUCACAAGAAGCUUUUUUUAAGUGCUGAAAAAAAUAUUUUUGUCAAAAAAAUAAUGGUUUUUUUAACCGCAACGCGGCCGCGCCGCUCAGUGAGCCAUUCCAAGUGCGGCCACGAUUAUUUUUAAUGAAUAAGUAUCACAACCGUUUUAGAGAAACUACAACAAGCUUUUCAAGCUAGAAAAUGUUCGAAUGUCGAACAUUUUCUAAAAAAAGGUUUUUUCAACCGCAACGCGACCGCGCCGCCUUGCGAGCCAUUCCAAGUGCGGUCAUGUGGUUUUAAAAAAAAUCAGCGUCACAAGUUGUGGCUCACAACCGUUUGAAGCAGACUUCCUAAGUGGGGAAUGGGUUAAAUUUGUUGAAUAAAAGCUUUUCUUCAACUGCAAUGCGACCGCGCCGCUCAGCGAGCCAUUCCAAGUGCGCUCGUGAGUAUUUUUUUUUUUUUUCGACCAUUCAAUUGAGGAUAAGAAGAUGGAAAUCCAUUUUUAAGCACUCAGGCUUGAAAAAUCUUUAAAAGAAAUAUUCACCCUAUUUCUGUAGAUUUUCAUUUUCUAUGAUGAUUAUAAUAUGUAUAAAUACAUUUUUACGUGAAAUCUUCAAAUAAAAAAAAAGUUAGAUUCCAUGUAAAAUCGAUCAUAUGAUUGGUGGGGCGAACUUGGCAAAUACAAUUACUUUGUUUGCCUGUUUUUUUUUUUCGAUGUGUUUGGAGGUUUUAUUUGUAGAGGAAAGUUUGCUCCGCCGCUGAACUUUUUCCUAUGAUUCAUUUGUUUUUUUGUUCGUGAGUGACAAGGCGCCUGGUUGGGUUGCUGUUUGACGGGGAAUUUCUGGUAUUUUUAUUGCGAAAAUUGGAGGGAACUAGAGAAAACUUGUCUUGAGAGCUUGGUCUUGUAGGUAGGAAAAAAAUUGGGGAAAAAGGAGGUUUUUUUAGAAAUUAUUGGAUUUUUUUGGGGGUUUAAUUUCGGUAAAUGACUUUCAAUGAUUUUUAAAAAGAUGUUAAAUGAUUUUUCAGGGUUUUUGGAGGUCUUGAGAGGAAAUUAUCAGUGUUUUUUUGAGGACUUGAUAUGUAAAAUACCGUUUUUUUCAAUAAAAAAAUGGGUUUUUCAACAGGUUUUUUUAAUGAAUUUUUGGAGCUUUUAGAAGGUGGAAUUUGAAAAGAACUGAUUCAAAAUUAAGAAAAUUGUAGAUUUCUGUUCAUAAUUUGCAAUAGAACUUUUUAUAAAAAAAUAGUUAUUUGUACAAAAUUUCCAUAUUUUCAUCGAUUUUCAAGGUCACCAAGUAUAUUUAAACAUGUAGAAGCUUAAAUUUUUUAAUUUCGUAUUUCUAAUUUCACAACACAUUUCUGUACUUUUUCUUCUUUUCUUUGCGAAAAAAAAACCAAGAAUUCUUAUGAAAUGAGUCAGCUGUAGUAACAUUUGCCGUCAUCUGUCCGCACUUUACAAUUUUCUCCUCUUUCCCUUGUCGUGUUGUUUUUGGCCGGUUAUCGGGGUUGAAUCAUUUUAAGUGAUGGGUAAUAACUAACACUGAAAGGAUCACUUGAAGAUAUAGGAAAGUCCGAAUUAUGAUCUAAAAAAUGAGAAAAAGAAGGAUGAAUUUCAAGAUCUUAUAUAAUUUUUGACUAUAAAGGGCCUUUUUCCCCCUCUCCUUGAUGGGCUUUUUGGAUCAUUUUAAAAGAUUGAUUGGAUAUUGGAGAAAGAGGAGGAUGAUAAUAAACACUGAAGGGAUCACUUGAAAGAGGCAGGAAAAUCUGAAUUUUUAUCUAAAAAAUGAGAAAAGAAGGAUGAAAUGUAUUUUUUUUAUCGGAUUUUUGGCAAAAAUGAAGCUUUUCAACUUCCCUUGAUGGGUUUUUGGAUAUUUCAAAUUGAAAAAGUGGUAAAACAGAUUUUUCAUUUCAAAAAUUGACUUGAAAACGGUCUAUUUUUGAAAAUCCAGUCGAAAAAUCAUGCAUUUUAUUGAGAUUUUAGUUUUUCAGCUGGUUUUUCCGACUUUUUAUCCUCUUUCAUUGCAUCUACAGGUAAUCAGAGAUUAACUGAAAAUUAAAAAAAGAUAAAUAUGUCAAAAAGUUCAAUUAACCUUUUUUAAUUCGAAAGUACACCUGAAAAUGUUGUGGUAGUCAGAAAAUCAUGAAACUUUAUCCAGAUUUUUGAUUUUUCAAACGGUUUUUUGGGCCUUUUUGAGAUAUUUUUCACAGUUACUGGGUGAAUUUGGGCUUUUUUCAGUCUCUAUUGACUCCUUGUCAGAAUUUUGAAAAGUUCACAUUUACGGGCCAAAUUUGAAAGUUUUCAAAUUUUAUCGAUUUCUUUACAGCUACGGGUACAUCUGGACGACUUUCCUGUACCUUUUGCGGCUGACGGCGCUCUUGGUUCUUCCCCAGUGCCUUUGCAACCUUUUCGGACUCGUCUUGUUCAACGCCUUCAGAGAGAAGGUUCUUUGACACUAUUUAUCGAUUUAUUGAUUUUUUUUUUUGAAGGUUCACCUGAAAGCGGCGCCCCUUCUGUCGCCGUUCGUCUGUUUCCGGGUCGUGACCAAGGGUGAUUUCCCACAACUGGUCAAAGUAGGCUUUUUUUCGGUCGUUUUUCACAAGCAAAAAAAUCAUGUGUUCCAAAAGAAAAUUUGAGCGGAAGAAGUUUUUUUUUAAAUGGAAAAUUUUUGAGAAAAAAAUUGGAAAACGAUGAGAUUCUUUUUACAAAUUUGAGUGAAAAUAGCGGAGUUAAGAGAUUUUUCUGCCAUGAAUGAAUGAGUAAAAAAAUUGAGGUCUAAUUUUGAAUAAUUCGAGUGAAAAUUUUGGUUUUCGAGGUUUUUUGUCGAGUUUUUCCGUGAAAAUUGCUCUUAUCGGUUAUUUUUUCAAACUUGAAAAUGAAGUAUUCGAAAAAUUAAAAAAAUUGAAAAAAAUAUAAUAAGCUUCUGUUGAUAAUUUCAGUGGAAAGGACGAACUUUAGAGAUUUUUUUCCAACUUUGGUUCAAAUCAAUUUUUAUUUUGUUAUUUCAAAAAAAUGUCAAGAGAAAAGAAAAAACGGAAUUUCGUUGAACAGGAAGUUUGAGUGGAAAAUGGUGCUUUUUUUCGAAUUAUCACUUUAAAAUUGGUUUUUCCGUUUGAUUUUUUCAUAGACGGUUUUUCUGGCUGCCUUAUCAAAAUUCAAACUUGGAAAAAUUGUCGAAAAAAAAUACAGUUUUCGAGCUCCGAAUCCGUUGAAAAUUUGAGUAGAAAAAAAGGGGGUUUUUUUCUGAAUUUUUCAAAAAAAUUUGAGCGAUGUUACUUAUUUUUCACUUUCUGAUGUACCUUUUUUUCCAAUUUCCCCUCUUCAAAAAAAUAAUUUUUUUAAGAAGCUUGAAAAUGAGCGUUUUCUGUUCCAUCUUGAAUUUCCUUUCAAGGAUCUCUGGAAAAAACUAAAGUUCCUGUUCUUUUCUUUCUUUCGACAAUUACGUAGGCGAAAUUCGAUCUUCUCCUUCUUCUUUUUCCGUCCUUUUUAGGUUUGUCCUGGAAAAAAAUGGGCUUUUCCAUCGUGCCACAAAAGUGAAUCACUGGAAAUUUGAUAAGGAGAAGCUGAUAAGACUGAUAAUUUAUGGCUACGCGUAGAAACGGUUGUAAAUUGGUUUCGCGAAUGGAAAUUGAUAAGCAAAAUGGGUGCAGAAACGUGGAAUUUUAGAGGGUUUUCGGUGGUUGGAAGUUUGAGAAGCUUAAGUGGUCACUUUGGAAGUCUGAGUGGACCCUUAAGGGGUCUAGGAGUUCUAGUAUUCCCUUUAGGCUCCAAAUGGACGAUGAAAUUUGAAAUUCGAAGUUUUUGAACCUUAAGUGGUCACUUUGGAAGUCUGAGUAGGGCCUAAAGGAUUCUAGAACCUCUAGUGAUCACUUUAGGCUUCAAACAACGAUUUUUUAACUUCAAAAGCCUUCAUGGCCAUUGUAAAAGUCUCAAUGAAGGUUUUGGCUAUCGAAACUCAAGUGAACACUUUAGUGAAUUCACUUAAGAAGUCUGAGUGGGGCCUUAAGGGGUUUGGGACUUCUAGUGAUCACUUUAGGCUUCAAAUGACGAUUCUUAACCUCAGCAGCCUUUUUGACCAUUGUAAAAGUCUCAAUGAAGCUUUUCAGCUAUAGAAAAUCAAGUGAACACUUUAGUGUACUCACUUUGGAAGUCUGAGUGGAGUCUGAAGGGGUCUAAGACUUCCAGUGGUCACUUUAGGCUUCAAACAACGAUCUUCUAACCUCGAAAGCCUUCAUGGCCAUUGUAAAAGUCUCAAUGAAGGUUUUGGCUAUCGAAACUCAAGUGAACACUUUAGUGUACUCACUUAAGAAGUCUGAGAGGAGCCUUAAGGGGCCUAGAAUUUCAAGUAGUCCCUUUAGGUGCCAAAAGACAUUACACUAUGAAGAGAUUUUCAAUGAUUCGAAGUUUCUAACCUUAAGUGGCCACUUUGGAAGUCUAAGUGGAGUUUUGAGGGGUCUAGGACCUCUAGUGGUCACUUUAGGCUUCAAGUAGAGUUUUGUUAACCCCAAAAGCCUUUUUGACCGUUGUAAAAGUUUCAGCGAAUUAUUUAGUUAUUGGAAUAUAAGUGAGCACUUUAGUGACUUUUCAAAUGUAAUUACCAAACAGAGUCAUGGUCAUUAUAAAUUGGAAAAAUUUCCACUUUUAAUAAUUUUUUUGAAAAUGGGAUCAUUAAAGGGGUUCUAAUGGAAUUUCUGACAUUUUUCAAAUCAUGAAAAAUUGCUAUAAUUGUCAUUUUUGUGCGCAAUUUGACCUCUCAAAUGAUUCCUAUUCGUUUUUGGUGUCUGGUUUCUCGAGAAUUGGGCUAAUUUUCGUGUUUUCUUGUGCUCUUUUGCUCAUUUUUUGACCGGGCGAUGAGUGUAUUUUGCUCAAAAUUUUUUGGAGAUUCGGAAUUUGGGGAUUUUUUCGGUUUUUAAGAGAGAUAAACUGAGAGAAAAAGAACAUAACCUUUUUUGGACUUUUCAGGGUUGAAUGAAAAUUUCUUUUAACGAAGUUAAGAGCUUGAAAAUAGGCUUUAAAGUCCAUAAAUUCAUGAAAUUGAAUUUUUUUUUCUCAAGUUUUUUGGCUUAGAAAGGAAUUUGAUUGGAAUUCGGAGACGGAAACAUUGGGGAUUUUGAAAAAUUAAUCUUCAAAAAUUUGCUAAAAAUGAUUUCAGAACAUUUUAUUCUGAAAAAAAGUUGUCAUGAACUUAUCAAAAAUCGUUUUAAGACUUCAUAAUCGAAAAUUAAAGUCUCUCAGCAACUUCCCAUUCAAAUUUCGACUAAAAGAAGCCUUUCGAAUGAUUUUUGAAGAUUUCUGAACAUUUCCGAGCAAAAAAAAAGAAAAUAUAUAAUACUUCCGGAUAGACACCUUUUUUGCACUUCGAAAUUCAAAAAUUAAGUUGCCAAGGUGAUUUUUGGAAAAAAAAAGAAAAAAAAGAAAGGAGAAAAAAGGAAUACAUUAAUGCAAAGGGAACAUGUGGUUUCGGGUUCGGUUCCCCUGGGUUACCAUUUUUUUUCUUUGCUCUCUGUAGUGUAGGUGGUUUUUUCCGCUGAAUUUUCGAUCUUUGUGGAGGUCUUGAAGGACUUGGGGGCUUUGAAACAAAGAAAAAUAAUGGAGAAGACGAAAAUUUGCUUUUUCUGUUGGGAUUUCAAUGCAAAUUGUAAUAAUAAGACUCUUUUUUGAGAAUUUUUAAGAAAUUUAUAGACCUUUUUUUCAACAUUUUUUUUGGCUUAAACUCAAUUUUUGGAUUUCUGGUAGAUUCCCUGGAGAGUUUAAGGUGUCUGAAAAAAGGAAAAACUUGAAAAAAAGUCGGAAAUUUCCUGUUUUCUGUUGGAAUUUCAAUGCGAAAUUGUAAAAAAAAUAAGACUCUUUUUGAGAAUUUUUAAAAGAAUUUAUGGACUUUUUUUAUAUUUUUUUCUACCGUCUUUUUAAACUUUAGUUACUUUUUAAUCAGGUAAACUUUUGGAUUUUUUUGAGUGAAUAAAUAUAAAUAAAUUUUUUUGAAAAAAAUACUAAUUUCAAAAAGAAAUGUUUAGUCUGAAGCUUAAAAAAAUUUGGAAAAAAAGAAAAAAAGGAUAAAAAGUCCAUUUCUUUUUCUUUAUUAUCAGUGUUCAACCACAUUUUUUUGAUGUUACGAAGAAUGAAAUAAGCUUUUUGACCUUGAAAAUAGGGAAAAAUAUUGAGAAAAAAAUAUUUAUAAAACACAUGAAGGAGAAGAAUUCUGGGAGUGUACAGUGAUAAAAAAACGGCAUUAUUAUCGAAAUGAAACUUUAAAAAUAUGACAAUUUUGCAGGAAAAUGUCGAAACCAACAUGAAGAAGUGCUUCGAUGCUGGCAUUGAAAACUUCAUUUUUUUGAGGUGAAAAUUUUUGAGAUUUUUAUUAAAAAGAAAGAAGGGUUCAAAUGCACAAAAAUACAAAAUCGGGCAGUUUUACAGCAGAUUUAUGUGAAAAAAAUGACCGUUUUUUUGAACAAUUUCAUGUUGGAAAAAAACAGCGAGAAUUUUAUUUUUUUCUACUCUAAAAAAAAUGGGUAUUAUUGCGAUUUUUUUAGAGCUUUGAGUACCGAUUUUUUUGGGAUUAAAAGGUACAUCUUUUUUUCUCUAAAUUGAGGUUUUUUUCAAAAUUUUGUCGAUUUUUUUCUAGAUUUUUUUGUUGGUUUUGGGUAGUUGAGAGAUUAAAAAAAUGAUUGACAAAAUUUGAAAAUUGAGCACUUUUAAAAUAUUUUUUUGCUUUAGCUGACUUUUUCCUGUGUAAUGAAGACCUUAAAAAACUAUUUUUUCGAAUUUUUUUCCAACUUUUUCCUAAGAAUUUUUUUCCAUUUUAGGUAGUUACUGACAAGCCGAUUAAUUUGCCACAACACCCACGGGUACGGGAAGUCGUCGUCCCAAAGAGCUACAGGUUGAUCAAUCAAUCAAUCGAUCGAUUUAUUGAUCAAAAUAUCGAUUUUCAGAACAAAAAGCGGAGCCAAGUUCAAGGCGCGCGCCCUUCAGUACUGUUUGGAGGACGAUGUUAAUAUUUUUGCAGGUGAUUUUUCAGGGGAAUGUCAUGGAUUUUUGGUUUAUUUUUUUGAGAAAAAAAUUAGGUGAAACUUUUUGAAAAAAAUGUGAAAAGGAAAAAAAAUUUGAAGCGAAAAAUUAAGAUUUUUUUGAGGAUUCUUCUUCAUUUUUUCACUCGAAAAAAAUUCUUAUUUUUUUCUCUAAACUCUCUUAUUUCCGCACACUGUCUCGCCCUUUGGGGUCAUGACCUCCCCCAGAUUUUUAAGAAUUUUACUCGAUUUUUUCACUCGUAGGUUACUGUAGAACUCUCUUAUUUCUGCUCAAUAUCUCGCUUUUUCGUGUCAGGGCCUUUUUACCCCCUGAGUUUUCAUUGAUUUCUCGAGAUAUUUUCAAAUAAGAUAGCGAUAAUUGGAGUCAAUCAAAAUAAAAUUGAAGUGAUUUUGAGAAAAAUGAGAAAAAAUAGGUGGAACUUUUGAAAAAAAGAGAUAUUUAUAAUUUUAAUAAGAAAAUUUGAAGCCAAAAUGAAGAUUUUCGAGGAUUUUACUUUAUUUUUUCACUCGAAAAAUUCAUAUUUAUCUCUAAAACUCUCUCAUUUCCGCACACUAUUUCGCCCUUUGGUAUCAGAAUUUUUUUGUCUUUUCCGAAUUUCAAUCAAUUUUUUGAAGUAUUUUGUUUCAUAGAGCUGUAGUUAAAGCAAUGAAAUUCAACCGAAACUCAAUCAUUUGUGACUAAUUUGUAACGUGUUUGGUGUCGCCUUCUCUGUUAGAAAAUGACGAAUUAUCCAAAAAUUUUUUUCAAAAGUUACGAAUUGAAAAAAAUGAAUUCACGUGAAACGACGGGCGAAAAUGUCGUUUUUUUCAUUUUUUUAAGCAAUCAUUUUCUAUAAUAUUUUAUGAUUUUUUUGUCCAUUCAAUGCUGUCAUCUUUGAAAAAAAUUCUGAAUUUAAAAAAAUUUUUGAAAUGACGACUUAUUCUUCUAUUCCAUGAUGCCUCGAAAGUUUGAAAAUCAGUGAAGUUUCCGAAAAAAAAUUAAGGAGAAAUAGUGUGCGAAAAUGAGAGAGUUUUAGAGUAACUUAGAAUUUUUUUCGGGAGAUUUAAAGGUCAAUAUCUAUUUCAUAGUUUGAUAGAAAAAUUUUUUUAGUUUUUUUGAGCUUAAAAAUUUAAAAAAAUACGGUUAAUUUUUUUCAUUGGAAAAAAAGAGGUUUUUUUGCAAUUUUUUUCGGAUUUUUUUGACUUUGAACCGAGGUUUUUUUGUCGAUUUUUCAGCUUUGAUUAUUGAUUCAAAGGGGAAUAUUAUAUUGUUUGAGCUUGAAAAAAAUGAAGAAUAGGUUUUUCUUUUUUUGGAAAAUAAUUUUUUUACAUCGGGAAAAGGGAUAGUAAACAGUGAACUUUGAUAAUAACUAUUUUUUUAGAAUCUAUUUGGUCUUAUUUAAAAAAAUGGAUUACCUGAAGAUUCGAGGAGAUUUUUUUGUUUUUGUUACACAUAUGUGUUGAAUUUGCUUUGGAAUGUAUUUUGAUAAUUUUCAGAACGCUGACUGGAUUGUCCAUCUUGAUGAGGAGACGUUGUUAACAACGAAUGCGGUUGGUUCAUUGUUUGAAAAAAAGCAAUUUCUGAAAAAAAAGAAUAGUUUAUUCAGUUGGAACUGUGAUUAUACCUGAAUUUUUUUAUGGAUUCUCUGAUAAAACUGAUUUUUAUUUUUUUCCCAAGGUCCCUCAAGGGAUCGCUUAGCGUUUGAAACCGGAAAUUCCCUUGAGUGACCACUUUUUUUCGUUUUUUUCCACUUGGUUUCCGGUUUUUAUCAGCUCUUUGAUCAUUUAGAAUAAAAAAACUGAAAAUUUGGAUUUUAAGCCGCUCAAGGGACCACUUAACAUUUGAAUUCGUAAAUCCCCUUGAGUGACCACUUCUUUUUCCGUUUUUCACUUUGAAAGUUGAAAUCGAUAAGGACAUUCCUGCAAAAAAAUUUUCUUAAAAAAAACUGAAAUUUUUGGAUUUUUAAGUCACUCAAGGGGCCACUUGCCAUUUGAAACCAGAAAUUCCUUUGAGGAACCACUUUUUUUCGUUUUUUCCACUUUGAAAGUUGAAAGUUAUUUAGGAACUUCUGCUUUUUUCAGCUCUUAAAACAUAUUAAUUGAAACCUAAAGUGUAAUUUUAAGCCGCUCAAGUGACCACUUGCCGUUAAUCAAAAAUUCCUUUAAGUGACUUCUUCUUUUUCCGUUUUUCCACAUGAACAUUUGGAAGAGAUUUGGAGAUUCCUACUCUUUCAGCUCUUUGGACGUAUGAAUUAAAACUAUAAAGUUGAUUUUUAAGCCACUCAAGGGUCCACUUGACAUUUGAAACCAGAAAUUCCCUUGAGUGACCACUCUUCCAUUGCAGAUUUGCGGGAUCUUGAAUUUUUGCGAAGACGGGAAACAUCAAUUCGGCCAGGGUGUCAUCACCUACGCCAACGGGGAGAUUGUCAAUUGGCUCACCACCUUGUCUGAUUCUUUUAGGUUCGAUUUUGAGGAUUAUUAUUCAAUUUUUCCUUCUUGAGCUUUUUUUUAAGUCGUUGAUGUUCUGAAAUCGAUUGAAUGACUCUAGAUUUGAUUUUGAAGCAUUUUGAAUAAUUAUUUCCAAAAGAAGAAGCUUUAACUCCUUUUCCCAUUAUUUUUUUAGAGUACCUACUUCCAAAGACAACUUUUUAGGGACCAGAAAUUUCAGUUUCGACGCAGUUUGAAUCUGUUUUUCUGAAGAUUACGAGCUUUUCAAUUGCUAUAUAUUCACAUUUUUUCCAUUUUUAGUGUAGUUUACUUUGAAGCUCAUUUUUAGAAACGAGUAAUUUCCAUUUUGAGGCAUUUUGAUUCAACACUUUUGAACAAAAAAAGCUCUAACAAACUUUUCAUUUUCGAAUUUUAGAGUAGCUGACGACAUGGGAAAACUGCGGUUACAGUUCAAAAUGUUCCACAAGCCGCUGUUUGGAUGGAAAGGCUCGUUCGUCGUGACCCAGGUUUCGGAAAUAAUCGAAAAAAGAAUGAAUAAAUGUUUCAAGAGUCUUUGAAAAGAAAUAAUCAGCUUUUUGUUUUAUUUCAAAAGCUCAAUUGUAUGAGUCUGAGGCUUUCAAAUGCAUUUUUUGAAUUUUAUAUUUAGCUGGAUCUUCAAUUUUCCAUCUUCUUAACGAAUAAUCACUAUUUUUCCAUAAUAACUUCACUUUUAGACUUCAAUGUCUCUAAAGACAAUCUUUAACUAGAUUUUUCCCUUCCGAUUAACGUAAAAAUUCGAUCUCCGGGCCUCUGUGAAACCUCAAUUCGAUCUCCGAAAAACCUCUGUGAAACCUCAAUUCGAUCUCCGAAAAACCUCUGUGAAACCUCAGCCCGUCCAUUCUGCUCUUGUAUCCGCCUUAACCUUCCUCUCGUGCAGUUAAUAAACUCUUUUUAUUCAAGGUUGAAGCUGAAAGGAAGGUCUCCUAUGACCACGGAAUGGAAGGCUCCAUCGCCGAAGACUGCUUCUUCUCGAUGGUCGCCAUGAAACACGGCUACACCUUUGAUUUCAUUGAAGGUAAUUGGAGUGUGAAUUCCGUCCUUCAAGAGCACUUAAGACAAUCUGUUAACGUUUGAAAUUGAUUUCGAUUUUUUUGAUGAUCUUUCAAAAAUAGGAACAAUGGCUUAAGCCAUCGAAAAAUGGUCCUGACACGAUUUUUGAAAAAAAGUGCUAGAGGGAGAGCGACAGGCCACGCCCCCUCAGCAUUCAGAGCUAGGCUCUAACCUUCUUAAAAACACUAGAGUGGUCCCUAGAGGUUUAUGAGUUAAAAAAGCUCUUAAAGGGGCACCCAAGUGCUCCCUAGAGUGGUUUAGGGUGUGACUUUCAAACUUCUAAAGUGGGGCUUCCCUAGAGUGGCCACUUUCGCGAACUACUGGGAAAAUUUUUAGUGGCCACUUCAGUAGCUUUUCAUCCAGUAUUCCUUCCAGUAACUCUGAUAAUUUUAAAACAAACAGAUUGGACCAGUUUUGUUGAUCCAUUGACCCCUAAAGUGACCACUAAAAUUUUUUGUGGUCUAGUAGUAGCACUUAGACCUCUAUAGUGGCCAUUAAUUUUUAACCCCUAGAGUGGCCACUUAUUUGACUACUAUAGUGGCCACUAAAACGUCAAAACCCUAUGGUGGCCACUAAAAAUUUUCUCAGUCUAGAGAAGAGGGAGGUCGUCACUAGAGGGGAACCUAGAACUGCCCCUGAAGUUCCACUUCUAGGGACCACUGUGGCGUUCUUACCAAUGUUUGCUACGAUUCUCUGUCGUAUCCGGUGAAGAAAUCAAUAAGAUCUAUAUUUUUGCAGGCGAGAUGCACGAGAAGAGCCCCUUCACCAUGUGGGACUUUUUGCAACAACGGAAACGAUGGCUGCAGGGAAUCCUGCUCACCGUCCACUCUCCACAGAUUGCCCUGGCUCACAAGGUUUCCACUAGGAGAAACUUCUUUCUCAUACACCUCCAUAUCAGGCUCUUCUCGGACUGUCGCUGUACGCCUGGGCGACGAUGCCGAUCACUUCCCUGCAAGUGUUCCUGUGUCCCUUGUUCCCCCUGCCGCGGUGUCUUCCCUUCGACUUCGCCUUGUCGUUCGUCGGCGCCGUCAACCUCUACAUGUACAUUUUCGGCGUCAUCAAGUCCUUUUCACACAAAUAUCGGUGAGCUCUUCUUUUUUUCAGAUAAAGGUUUGAUAGUCUUCAUAAUAAUAAGUUUAUUCACUGCAUACCACAAGAAAAUGAGUAGUUAUAAUAAUACAGGACAUAAGAACAGUCUUUCUGUUCAAAAAAUCUUUGAAUUUCUGUCGGAUUUUCGAACUUUUCAUAUAGACAUUCUCAAUGAAAUAGUAGAUGACCCUGAACGCCUCAUUCUUUGAAAAUUUCUGGUUUUACCGAACUUUGAAGAUUUUCUGUGACUUUGAGGCGUCCUUUACUCGAACGUUACAGAUUAUCAGGAUCAAAAAUUAUCCUGACGUGUUUUCAGAAUAUUCUGUACAGUAGAAAAAUGAAGAAAGGGUCCUUUUUAGUGCGGAAACAACCCUUUUUAAAGUUUGAAGCUUCCAGAAUCGUUUUUACCACAUCCAAAAAAUCCUUGCCAGUUUUCAGAAGUUUUUGAAGAGUAAAAAAAUGAAAAAAGCCAUUUUGGUGCAGAAAAAACCUUUUUUGCAGGUUAGGGCUACCAGAGUAGUUUUUAGCACAUCCAAAAAUAUCCUGACAUGUUUUCAGAAGAUUUUGUACAGUAGAAAAAUGAGAAAAAGCCUUUUUUGGUGUAGAAACAACCCUUUUGGCAGCACCAAGAUCGUUUUUAGCAAGUCAAAAUGUUUCCUGACCAUUUUUCAGAAAACUCUGAAUAUAGACAAAUAAACAGAGGGCCUUUUUCGGGACAGAAACAGGCCCUUUUUGCAGGUUGAAGCUUCCAGGAUCGCUUUUAGCACGUCAAAAUGUUUCCUGACCAUUUUUCAGAAAACUCUGAAUUUAGAAAAAGGAAAAGAAGGCCUUUCUUUAGGGAGAAAUGAGUCCUUUUCCCGAUCUUGUGUCUUUUUCAAAGGUUCUCCGAUUACAGAAAUAACUCGUGGCGACUGAUCCUGUACCUGACGGGCGCCCUGAUGACGAUCCCCUUCAACAUUCUAAUCGAGAAUCUCGCCGUCAUCGUCGGCAUGUUCGGCCGCAAAGAUCAGUUCUACAUCGUCAACAAGCACCAUCUCAUGACCGUCUAGCCGAUUUUCCUCGUCUUCCCACCUUCUCCAGGUCCGUUCCUUCUUAGGAAAAGUAGUGAAAUUGGAACUUUUGAAGCAUGUGGAAAGAAUGGCUGUUACUACAAAAAUUCAAUUAUAAAUAGAUGAACAAUCGAGACGAGGUUUCUGAGCCAAGAUAUUCGCAAAAAAGAAAAUGCAGCUGGAAUAAUAAGUCAUGCGAAUAUAACUAGGAAGGCAAUAAAAGUUUCCUGGCCAAAAUAGCCGCGAUAUAGCUGAUUAACGGCUGGCUUGAGCCAUCGAGAAAAGGGUCCUGCCACGAAAAGAGACGAGACAGUGCCCUGCUUGGUGGAGAGUGUAGACAGGCCACGCCUUUUUGCGUCCUAAGCUAGCCGUGAAUCGUCUAUAUGUACAGCCUGAGAAGCAUCAGCUGCCAAAAACAGCCAGAGAAAAAAUAGCCGUGCGAAAAUGGGUCUUCCAGGUCUUGGAGCGAAUUUCAAGCGCAAAAAAAAACUGAAUUUUCGAUAGGCCAAUUUUAGUAACGGCAUAAAAGCUACGAAACUUUUUUUCCGCUACCACCCUCACAAGUUCCAGAAAGAUUAAACUUUAUACAAGGGAGUUUUGAUCAAAAAAGACGUUUUUUCGUAUAUCUUCUAACGGAUCUGUUGUACACAUUUAUUCAAGCUCAAAAAAUAAUAUUUUAUUUUUCCCCCUUAUCGAUUAUUUUUACAGUGCGGAUCGAGACCCCAACCUCCAUCAUCCUCAUCCUCAUCACCGAAUCAAAUCCAUCGCACCUUCAUCAUUUUGAUAUCUCUGCUGCUUCUGCGAAAAAAUAUGCACCGUGUCUCUGA